AUGCAGCACGCAGCAGCGCGAGGAGACUUGGAAAUGAUCCAAUGGCUGCUGCAUUUCCAGCCUGGAGGCCUCGUAACUCGAGCUGUCGAACAGGCAGCGAGGAACGGACAGCUGCAUGUCCUCACGUGGCUGAAAGAACACCACGACCACGUUUUCUGGGAUGCAAUCGAUGGCGCGGCCAGAAAUGGACCAACGAGUGAUCGCAUCAGUAGCUCUGCCAGCAGCAGCGGCUCACGAUCAAGCUCUAGAGGAAGAGGCGGGGGCUGUACCACGAAUGCCAUGGACGGCGCUGCUCGUGGCAAUCAUUUGGAUGUGGUGAAGUUCCUGCAUAGACAUCGAGAGGAAGGAUGCACAGAACGAGCCAUGGAUGGCGCUGCUGGCGCUGGCCACGUAACGAUGCUCAAAUGGCUACAUGAGCAUCGUAGCGAAGGCUGCACAGCUGCAGCGAUGGAUGAAGCAGCAGCAAAUGGGUACAUUGAAGUGGUGAAAUGGCUACAUGACAACUGUGUCGAGGGAUGUACAGCACGCGCUAUGGAUGGAGCUGCAGCAGGCGGACACCUUCGAAUUAUCAGAUGGCUACAUAUCAACAGCUCCGAAGGUUGUACCGAGGUUGCGAUGGAUGGAGCUGCAGCGCACGGUAAGCUCGAUACACUGAAAUGGCUACAUAAAACCCGAUCCGAGGGCUGCACCACUGCAGCUAUGGACAAAGCUGCAGCUGGUGGACACUUUGAAGUGCUCUUGCUCUUACACACUAAACGCUCGGAGGGCUGCACAAUGGACGCAGCAGUCAGUGCGAGUCGCAACGAGCACGUAGAGAUUUUGCAGUGGUUUUUCCGCUUCUAUCCGCGUAUGAUUCACCGCGAGAAGGUUAUCGUAUUUGCCAAGCGGUAUAACUACUACCUCAUGGAUUGGCUACAUCGCAAUUACCAGACGUCAGGAGAGCGCACGGUGCUGGCAGAAAUCAACUCGUCCUUCUACCUGACACCUCCAGAGACGGAGGAACUGACCACAUAA